AUUCCCUAACCUAACUACAAACUGGGUCGCCAUUUGUUCGAGUGUGUAGCAAUGGAAUUACUGCCUUAUUUGUGUAAAUAAUCUGGAAAAAAAUCCUUGUUUUCUUUACUUCCUUUUGAGAUUCUCUCCAAUUGAUUUAAUAUGUUUUCGAAGAUUGAUACACUGUUUUCCAGAGCUGAGGACCAACAGAUCGGAAGAGAAAAAUAGUCUAUAGUGCAAAUCUUUUUAAUUAUGUCCUACUUAACGAAUAACGUGUAACCUGUUGAAUCAAGCUAUUUAGUGAUAUUAUAAUUUCUGAAAGAAAGAUGUCCUUUAACUACAGAAUACAUGGUUCUGAAUCUAAUGUUGUCCAUCGGUUGGAUUGUAGCAAAUAUGCUGCACCAUUUUCUUAUUGGCUAUGGUGCUGUAAUAUUGUAAUUAUUUGAUAGCGAAGAAAGUUUUAAAAUGGAUACUUCACCACUGAUGGUUGUGUGAAAGUAAAGAAUAUAAAUUUUCAAAACUAUUGUUUUCUUAAAUUCAAGUGAUAAAUUUCAUUAAUGGUUCAUGUGAUAGUAGCCACUAUUAAAAUGCUUCUUGAUUAAAGUGAUAUUAGACUGCAUAAUACAAUGGAAGCAGUGCAUCAAGCAAGAAAAUUGUACAUUAAAAAAUACCAACAUUGCCAGGCUUCAUUUUCAGAAGAAGACAAGGAACUACUGGAUGUAAACAUUCAGCGCUUUAUUUAUGUGUCUGUCAAAGAGGUUUUUCCACCGUCUCGAUUAUUUUCAUCACCAAGAAUACUAGAGAUAUUAAAGAAUGCUUUACGACAGCAUUCUAUACCAAAUAAUGAAGCGGAUUCUGUUGCUAAAGCUUUUGAAAGUUUAGAGAAAUAUUUUCUCCUCUUAGUACUACAACCCUGGAAACCAGAGUUUAAGAAAAUAAAGAUGUACGGUGGAUUUUAUAGGAGUAGGAUAAAGUCUGUGCUACCAGACUGUGAGUUUAUGUUUGAAAGCGCAGGUUACACCAUUUCUACAGAUACCUGUAUCAUGAUACAUGACGGUAAAGUAGAAAAAGAUGCUCUACUGCUUCUCGCAUUUGAUUGUAAAAUAUGUUUUGUGCUAUGCAGAACUAUUGCUGAUCAUUAUAGUAAGAUAAAAGGUCUAGGAUUUUCUUUGAAUGAGGCGGUGUCAAAUAUUUUACAUAAUGAAUGGUCCAAAGACAGCAGGCCACAAGUGCAUUACGUGAAUGGUCAUUUGGUGGAUAUUUCUAGCAAUAUGAAGAAUUUUGAUUUAGGGCCGCCUGCUUUACCAAAACGAGAACCCAUUUCCAAUAAUUUAAAUGGGAUACCUAAUAGAAUGCCAGUUAAAGGCAGUGAAAGUAUAUAUGGUGCACCAUCUGCUGCUCUUAGGCUUCGUAAUGUGUAUCUACCCCCAUCUUCUCCUCUAGCUGCUAGUAAUGAUAUUGUUGGCAUUGUGCCUCUAGUUGAAGAGAUUUUACCCGAGUUGCCGCAGGGCACUUGUGAAGAACACAUCAUGGAGAGCAUCAAAGCUUUAGAGAAGCAGAACAGCCCCCAGCAGUCUGUAACGUUGAUGGGGCAGGCCUCGCUGGAGCCGCAACAGAAAGAGGAUUGGAAGUGGCUCAGGACAGCGGUACCAGGCCACUACCCACAAAAACCCCCACCACUCCCUUCGCAUGUGGGGAAGCUAGAACUGUCCAGCAGUUUACCCACCCCACCUUUGCAAGGGUAUACAACAGUUCCCAUUCGUUCAAGGAUAGGCUCUGCCUUGUAUGAUGGUUCGUACGACGAAGGAAUCGACGGAGACGUGCACAAAAUGUAUACCCCUUACCCACAAAGUGUAAAGUACACAUCGGUACAACAGCAACAAAUACAUCCUAAAUAUCCUGGGGUCUCCCAACCAUCUUUUACUGACCAAGGAUAUCGUACAAGUGAUCCCUUUAGUUCUCCUAUAUCGUCUAGUAGUAUUCCCGCCCAGCAAACUAUAUACCAGGCUCCUAACAUUUUAACUGACGGAAUACCUUCUUACAGUUAUAGACAGCCCUCCGCACCACCUCCUGUACCGUCUAGAGCGCUGAAACCUAAUCUAUCUGCAAAGAAAACAACAGAGGAUUUUGCAGACGGUGAUUCUUUUAAUUCCUCAUACACCCAUUACCCCGGGACUUUAUCCAGCGUAAUUAGGUCUCACCCGCAGACUAAUUUACUCAUCAGCAGGCAGCCCAACGGCGGGGCUGCUACGUUGGCAGAACCACUGCUGCGCAGAGAGAAACAAAUAGCUGGCAAGUCCAAUUCAUUACAUUUCACCGACCCCAAGGCCUCGCUCCAGCAGCAGGCUCUAAACACUAGGUCAGCUCGGAGCAUGGACAUCAGCCUUCUAAGCUGGGACUGCAAGUCAUGCACAGCGCACAACACAGGAUUAGACAUUAUUUGCUCUGUGUGCUCUUGCAGCCGGCAUGGCCCGGAUGUGACCAAGCCCCAGUGCGGUCAAACCAAGAAGGCGUGCCCGGGCUGUACCUUGGAGAACGACUCCUCCAGGAAUGAAUGUGAAGCCUGCGGUGGGAAAUUACAAGAUCGGUUUACCUAUGUGUGAAAAAAUUUGUCUUUCUACUUCAUUUUUUUUUUUUUUCGAUUUGGAAUAUUCAGAUGUGUUUAGUGGCCUAUUCCAGAAUCAUCAUGGAUAACUGAACUCUGAAUAGUUUCCUAAGUGUUGGUUUGAAAAAGUUUGUUGAGAUUUUUGUUUUGUUUGUAGCUGUUUGAAUUCAAACUGCAUUAAAUAUCCUCUAUUAUUAUGUGUGUAUUAUGUUCUGCUUAAAAUGAAAAGAAGAUGCUAAUGAGGGACUUGCUUGAAUACCCAGGUUAAAUAUAAUGGAGGAAAUGUCUUUUAAAUCUGUAGUUGGUCAGAGAUUCUGCAGAUAAUGGGCUGAACAUUUACCAUAGGUUUUUUCUUUCUAUUUGAUAAUUGUACAUAUUUUCCCUGUGUAUUUUGGUCACACACUUAAAUGCAUCUUUUAGAGCUGCUUUUCUAGAAGAUACACUUAAUUAGUGAUAUUGUAACCAAAGAAUUCUAUUUAAAACAAAAAUUAUUACGUCAAUACUUUCUAACAUUACAUGCCUGAUUUUUCAUUGUUUUUGUUUUUAAAACUAAAUACAGCAUCUAUACAGCCAUUUUUAAAUCUUUAGAUCCAGGAUUUGUCAUCACUGAGCAACUUAUUUUAACCUGUGUGUUAAAACAGACUGCCUGUUUACGUCUUUUAGAAAUGGUGAGGGGCUUAGUAAACCAUUUAGCCUGAAGUAUUGGGCUGGUAUAAAGGAAACCCCAUUAGAUGAAUGAGUUUAUAAUUUUUAAUUUGUUCAAAUUGUGAGUGGGUGUGUAAAGAAGAUGUAUUUUUUAUCUGUCUUAAUUUACCAGCAUUACAAGUGUUUGCAAGGUUGUCUGUCUAAAUCAGCCUUACGAUUUUUUAAUUAGUCUCUUGCGUUUUCUUUUCUAAUUACUACAAACGAAAACAUAAAAUGAAAUGUUUCUAAAAAUAAAUUUAACAAGAGAAAAUUUUAAAGUCCAAUUUUCUAAAAUGUUUCAAUAGGGUACUUAUUUUUUUAUUUUUUUUCAUUGAAAGAAUGUAGGUAACUGUUUUUUCAAAGAAAUCAAACACAAUAACAUUUGAAGUGGUAAAAUUGUGUUGGAAAAACCAGGAGCAUAUGUGUGUUGGCCCUACAGUAACAUCUGUUCUUAGAUAGGAUAGUGUCAGAACUGUUUUUUUCUUCUUGAAAAAUAAUAACCAUUGAUUUUUUUUUUUUUACAAUAAAAUUUUUUUGUUUGAGAAGAAAAAAAAACCAAGAAUAUACAUUAUAAAGUAAAGAUUUAAUUAAAUGAGAUGUAUCUGUUGUUGGGUCUGGUGCAAUGUCUGUCAUAAGAUGUAUCUCAUGUUGUGUGCCUGAUUGUAUAUAUGAUUCUGCCUGUAGAAGUUCUAUUUUUUUCAUAGUGACUGCCCCCCCCCCCCUCCCCUCCCACCCUCACGUCCAUGCUUUCAAUGCUUAGACCCUCAGCCUGUCCUGUAUACUGAUGUUUUGUAUAAAAACAAAAUGUAUUUGUUAAUUUAAAUUAAAACAUGUAUAUCCAGU